AUGGAAAAUGGUGAAAAUACUGAAAGCGAUAGUGAUAUUAGUGACACUGAAAUGCUUGAGAAAAAUGCAUUUAUAAAUGAAGAGAAAGCAGAAGCUGUCACUAAAAGCAGACAAGAUGCUGUGGGAACAAUUGCUAUUACAAUUUUUUUUUUUAAAGAUAAAAGAUUUGAUCUUGAGAGCAGUGAUGAAGAAAGUUAUGAUGAAGAAGUUGGAGAAAAUCAAGAUGUAGAAGGCCAGAAUAAAGAAGACCAGGAUGUAGAAGACCAGAAUGAAGAAAAUCAGGAUGUAGACUAUGAUGAAGAAUUGCGAGGUCAAGCAAAAG